AUGGAAAAUCAAUCAUUGCCAUCAUCAUUUUCAAACAAAGAAUUUAACAUAGUUGUAAACUUUGGUAUGGUAAUGAUAAUUUUGAAUGGAUUCUGUACUUUAUAUGUACUUUGCAGAACAUUAACUCGAUGGAUUAUUUCAAAGAAGAGUCUUCCUAUGGCUCUUAGGGUUCCGUUUUACAUCGCCCUAUCAGAUUUCAUGAUAUUUUCAAUAAAUUUUCCCAAUAUGUUGUUUCCAAUAAUAUAUGGUGUUCCAUGGUCCGAUUCAAAUUGUAAAAUAAUAGGAGGGAUAACAUUUUUUACGAUAUCAACAAAUAUAACAUUGGUCGGUUUAUUGGCAUUUUUAACGUAUUUACGUAUAUGUCGUAAAAUGUAUAUUGAUUUGGGCAAAUACGAUUAUAAGGCUAUUCUAUUCAUUUUAUUUAGUGGUUUUGUUUAUACAUCGAUUGGUUUGCCAUCAUAUGGGUCGGGGAAAUAUUGGUGCUAUACCAACAAGACAAGUAAUGUUUUACCCGUCAUUACCCUGGUAUUAAAUUUCGGAGCCUUGACCGUAACUUUAAUCUCUUACUCACUCACUCUUAGAGAAAUCAAUUCCAUUAGGAACAACGAUGGUAAUGAUAAAAAUAACGAUAAUGUAUCAAACAACGUGAAAAAGAUUGAACCGAUAGUCGUUAGGAAAAUCAUUGGUUAUGUUUUAAUAUUUAUUUUUCAAUGGACCCCUCCGAUGACUUACGUUUUUGGUCAAAUUAUUGAUUAUGAUCCUUUGUGGGUUUAUUUGGUAACAGACGCUUCGGUGAAUAUGGGUGGAAUAGGAAAUAUGAUUCAAUUCAUAAUCAAUGAAGGUUGGAAAGAUCCUUAUGUUCCACCCACAAAACGUACUUCAACGGGUUCUUCCUUUAUUAAUACCUCUCCUGAACCUACAACAUCAACCCAACUCCAUGAACUUACUCAAAUUAAUAACACAAAUGUUGAAUUUAUAAUUAAAGUUGAUACAAAUACGGAGGUUUCAGAAACCUUUGAAGUAUUGACUUGUGACAAUUCUAACUCUUCUGUUACAAAAGAUAAUACAGAUAAUGAACAUUUUACCAAGAAUGAAGAAACUCAUAUAUCGUGA